CGUCCUCCCGCCUCCUCGUGCACGCGCACGCGAAGUUUCAGCUGCAGUUUUGUUUGUUGGCCUGAAAGAAUCAAACCAGCAGCUGGGUUUGUGUGUCAGGUGUUUAAGCGGGCGUGAAUCACACACACUGCGGGAAAUCAGCUGUUUUUACAGCUCGACAGGCUUAAUGAAGCUUUAGAGGAAGUAAACAGGGAUAAUAUGUGUCCAACUACUAGUUACCAGUUAACGCAGGUGGUUUGACAACGUCCUGCCUUUAGAGAUGCACUUUAAUCACAUUUUUGUUACAUUGGCCAGUAAUGCUAAAUUGUAGCUUUUAACCAGAGUUCAACUCUAUUGUGUUUCAUCAUAAGCUAUGCUUCAGAUAGAGAGUUAGUAGACAGGUUUAUGUUGUUUCUAAAGAGGAGGAAGGUUUCCCAUUAGCAGCUAUUAUGGCAAGUGUCCUUGCAUCAAAAAUGGGUCUCAACUCCCUUCGGAGGAAACAAGCCAAAACCUUCAAUGUCACGGUUGUUACAAUGGAUGCAGACUUGGAGUUCAACUGCGAGCUGAAGUGGAAAGGAAAGGAUCUGUUUGAACUUGUGUGCCGGACACUGGGACUCAGGGAGACCUGGUUUUUUGGUCUGCGGUAUGACGUCAAAGACACUGUGGCAUGGCUGAAAAUGGACAAGAAGGUUUUGGAUCAUGAUAUCCCCAAAGAAGAGCCAAUAGUGCUUAAUUUCCUGGCCAAGUUUUACCCUGAGAAUGUUGAAGAAGAGCUGGUGCAAGACAUAACACAGCACCUCUUCUUCCUGCAGGUGAAGAAGAGUAUUUUAGAGGAGGAGAUAUACUGUCCACCUGAGGCUUCGGUGCUGUUAGCCUCUUAUGCUGUCCACGCUAAGUAUGGUGAUUAUGACCCUAAUGUCCACAAGCCGGGCUUCCUGUCCCAAGAGGAGCUGCUACCAAAGAGAGUUAUUAAUCUGUACCAGAUGACUGCAGAGAUGUGGGAGGAGAGAAUCACGGUCUGCUACGCUGAGCACAGGGGCAGAACCAGAGAUGAAGCUGAGAUGGAGUAUUUAAAAAUAGCUCAGGAUCUGGAGAUGUAUGGGGUCAAUUACUUUUCCAUUAGGAAUAAAAAGGGAACCAGCUUACUGCUGGGUGUUGACGCUUUGGGCCUCCACAUUUAUGACCCGAGUAACAAACUGACGCCCAAAAUCUCUUUUCCCUGGAAUGAGAUCAGAAACAUCUCGUACAGUGAUAAAGAGUUUGCCAUUAAACCCUUGGAUAAGAGGGCAGAUGUCUUCAAAUUCAACUCCUCAAAACUCAGAGUCAAUAAACUGAUUCUUCAGCUGUGCAUCGGGAACCAUGAUCUCUUCAUAAGGAGACGCAGAAUUGAUUCGCUGGAAGUCCAGCAGAUGAAGAUGCAGGCUAGAGAAGAGAAAGCUCGCAAACAGAUGGAGCGGCAGAGGCUGGAGAGGGAGAAACAGUUGCGUGAGGAGGCAGAAAGAGCUCGUGAUGAACUGGAGAGGAGACUGAUUCAGUUACAGGACGAAGCUCACAUGGCCAAUGAAGCACUGUUAUGCUCGGAGGAGACUGCAGAUCUGUUGGCGGAGAAGGCACAAAUCGCUGAGGAGGAGGCCAAGCUGUUGGCUCAGAAAGCGGCCGAGGCUGAACAGGAGAUGCAGCGUAUUAAGGUGACAGCCAUUCGCACUGAGGAGGAGAAGAGACUCAUGGAACAGAAGAUGCUAGAGGCUGAGAUGCUUGCACUCAAAAUGGCAGAAGAGUCUGAAAGGAGGGCGAAAGAGGCCGACCAGCUGAAACAGGACCUGCAGGAGGCAAGAGAAUCGGAGCGCAAAGCCAAAAACAAACUACUGGAGAUCACCAGCAAAUCGGCGUACUCGCCUGUGCCGUUGUCUGCCAACGCUCUUCCUCCUGAUGGCCCGAACUUCAACUUCAGCAUGGAGAACCUGAGUUUUGACUUCAAAGACACGGACAUGAAACGUCUGUCCAUGGAGAUUGAGAAGGAGAAGGUUGAGUAUAUGGAGAAGAGCAAACACCUUCAGGAGCAGCUAAAUGAACUGAAGACCGAGAUUGAGUCAUUAAAGCUAAAGGAGCGAGAAACGCCUCUAGACAUCCUACAUAAUGAGAACACUGAGAAAGGCACCAGCAAGCAGAGCAACUUUAAAAAGCUCACUCUACAGAGCACCAAAUCCAGAGUGGCCUUCUUCCAGGAGCUAUAGCCAUCCAGACACAUUGGACUGGUGUUUGUGUGUGUGAAUGAUGUCUCGUUGUGUUUUUAUCACAUUCCUGACAGGCUGUGACCCAUUCCCGUAUGAUCCUAGCAAAUUCUGGUGAUGAAGAAUAUAUAUGUGGUUAAAGUUUACAUUACACUAAGAGGACCAAACUCUCAUGUAAACAGAACUACAGAGGGAAAGGAGCUUUUCAAACUGCCCCACACACACUAACAUAAACCAAUUCACAUACAGAGAUGCACUACAUGUUGUUUCCCAAUAUCCUUUUGUCUGCAGGAGGUCAAAAUCCCAUUAUGAAGACACUACGGUUAAGCAGUGUACACACACUGACUACAUAUAUCUCUGCACUGCGUCCUAAAUUCAUCUCUCCAGUUGCACAGCAGAAAUCUCGUUCAAUAUGUAUCAGAAUAAUUGGCUAAAGCAGUGGUAUUGCACCCUUGUGCCGUAUUAGUUUGGGAGUUUAUUUUUUUUGGGUCCUAUAUGGAGCUGUCUGGUCAUUCAUAAAGGUUAUAUUAAACCUAAUUGUUACAGUAUAAAAGAGUUUACUUCCUCUCAGAGGAUAGUUUAUUUUUGGGAAAGAAACCCUUUGGGAUCACACUAUUUGGAAGACUAUUACAUGAAAUAUUUAGAUUUUUUUAAACUGUUUACUCUCUUUGAAAUGUUUUACAAUGUUUUAAAGAAUUUGAAUAUAUUUUUGAAAAUGUUUUUGUGCAUAAUGAAUAAAUGAAUGGAAAUUAUCUUAAAUAUU